AUGGCGAGCGAUGCGGCAGACGAUAGCAAGGUGUCAUUCGUCAAAGGGGUCAAUAUCUCCCUGGCAAUCGUGACUACCAUGGCAGUGGCCGGUCGAGUUUGGACGAAUAUGGUCACCUUGAGAACGCUUAGGCUGGAUGAUGGGUUUGGUACGCAUUUCAGGGACGUCAAUCCGGAUACCCUGAAUCGAUACCUUUUGGUUAGUAAACUUGUGAAGCCUAGUCACAUUGUUGGUUUGCGAAAUGAAUCAAAUGCAAUCGACUCGCUAGGCAUGCAGACACUCACUUAG